AUGUCCACCCACUACAACACCGAGCCCCCACCUACCGCCUCCGUCCUCCUACACACCACCGCCGGCGCCAUCCCGAUCUCCCUCUUCGCCGCGCAAACCCCACUCACCACACGCAACUUCCUCCAACACUGCCUCGACGGCACCUACGACAAUACAAUCUUCCAUCGCAAUGCGCCUGGUUUCGUCUUGCAGACCGGCGAUCCCACUGGCACGGGCGAGGGCGGAGAGAACAUAUAUGAAGACAAGGAAUUUGAGCGGUACGAUGAGCACUGGGCGCGGCUGAUGGGGCGUGAGGCCGGGGAGAAGAUUGUGUUCGGGGACGAGGUGCACAGUCGGUUAAAGUUCAACAGGAGGGGCUUGGUGGGCAUGGCGAAGAGUGAGGGUGGGACUGGGAGCGGGUAUGGCAGUCAGUGGUUCAUUACGUUGGGUGAUGCGAGGGUACAGUUGGAGGGGAGGUGCACGAUGUUUGGGCGGGUGGAGGGAGAGGGGAUCUACAAUGUGAAGGUGUUGCGGAUUGAGGUCACGAUGUGGCCGAAGGGCGAGGCUUGGGAGGGGAUGAGGAGGAGGGUGAAGGUGGUGAAGAGCAUAGAGCAGGUCCCGAAGAAGCCUGCAGCGAAGAAAGCGAAGAAGCCAAAAGCUGUGCUGAGUUUCGGCGACGACGAGGAUGGUGGGGAUGUGCCGGUCAAGCCGAAGAAGGCGAAAUUCAAUACUGCUUUGAUCGACGCAUCAACAGUCAAGGACGACGUUAAAGUGAAUGGCACAGUCAAGCCUAAUCCACAAGUUCGCCCACCAUCGCCGCCACCGCAGACCAUUCCCGCAAAACGAAAAGCCUCCGAUGCAAGCUCACGCUCGCCACAACAUCACCGAAAGCCGUCCUCGCCUGAGUCAAGUAUGCAGCUACCCCUCCGGAACCCCGAGCAGCCAUCUCGCUCUCCCUCAGAACCCUCUUCGCGCUCGUCCAGCCCCACUCACCGACGGCAAUCAGCCAGCAAGUCACGUGCCGCACUCGAAGACGAGAUCAACGCCCUGAAAGCCUCAAUGAAACGCAGCAAUCACAGCACCAUCGGCGACAUAUCACGGAAGCAGUCCGCACUUGAAGCGCUCAUCCCAGCGACAUCGACACGCGGCAGAAAGCGACCUAGACCCGGCGACACGGGGUCUGGCAAGGACGAAGCGAAGGCGCUGAAGAUGCUCAACGCGUUCCGUGCGCGGCUCGAGGGAGCGGAUGGAGGCGGCACAACGAAGACAACAACGAAAUCAGUAGCUUCAGCCACGAACGGCUCCUCUUCGAAGGCCAAGCUCAACGGCGCAGAUCCGCCUUCAGCAUCUCCACCAGCAUCAGAAAACGAAGGAGACGAAGAGGCGCGUCUCUGCGACCUCCACUUCAUCGCGAAUUGCCAGUCCUGCUUUGCCGCUGAGCAAGCUGAGCGGGAAGGAGACACGGAUGCCGAUAUACUUUCCAAAGACGACGACGACAGAAGUUUCCUCUCACACAGCCUGAACUUUGCAAAGGACAUGCUGGGCAAGGAUACGGAAUGGCGAAAGGGAAUACGUAAUCGGGAGGUGGAAGAUGAUGGAGGAUUAGUGGUGAUUGAUCCCAGGGCGAAGGAGAGGGAGAUACUCGGGAAGAAGGCAAAGGGGAGGGGAAAGGAGAGGGAGUGGGAUCAACGGUAA